CAGAGUACAAGACUCCAGCUGAGAGAAAUAUUUUGUUCCAGCAGAGGAGCCAAUGGAUACCUCCGUGCCAGCUGCCAGCCAAUCGGGAAAAGCUCCGUGUGAGGAGGAGGAGCCAAUGGAAAUGGACCGGCCGUUGGAGCAGACCGAGUGUGCUCUAGUCCGAGCUCCGCAGUCUUCGACCCCAGUGUCCGAGAGCGUUCCUGUUUUCACAGCGGGACAGCUGCUCCCUGUGCCGUCACUGCCAGACCUGUCCCAUGAUAUCUUUGUGCCCACACCCAGCUUGAGGGAAGGAAGUGGCUGUGAUGAAGGGGUCAGGUCGACUGCACCUUCGAUGGGAAAUCCCUCCAGGAUGCCCGAGGACAGAGAGGAGGAGGAGGAGGGGGAGAGGCAAAACUGGGGCCGGACUGGGAGCUCAGACUUCGGGGGUGUCAAGAAGCGCAACAAUGGGGCCGGGGAGCCUUUCGAGCUGAAACUGUCUGCCAGCGGGUGCUUGCAGCCAAUGGAGACGGACGACAGCGAGAUCCUGACUGAGGAAGACAGCCAGGCUACACAGAUCGAAGGAGGAACGGGUAUGACCCCUACCGAGGAAGGCGAGUUGGAGGGGAGCCACAGCAUUCACCUCCGAUUGACGGGAGAGAGCCAAGCACUGAGCCUUCAAGCUUCCGAGGCCUCGGUUACAGAUGCUCCGGAAGGCGAGAGAGCGGAGGCUGAGCGUGGCGCGGGUGAGGUGCCUGGCAGACCCUGGCAAUUGAGCCAACCGUCACCCUCCUGCCUCAGACCCUCUCGCCUCCUUCGCCCCGGCUCUCCCCAUGGCGACCUGCCCAAAGGCUCACUCACGGAGAGAGGAAGAACAGCAAACGAGGCUCCGACGGAAGAGGUGGAGGCUGGACCCAGGGCUCCAAGUCUGGAGAAGCAUGAGGUGAGGCAAACCGUCCAAGAGGAGGGGAGCGAGAGUGCCCAGGGAGUGACCCUCCCUCUCGAAGCUUCUGCGACACUCCGCAAAGAAAUGCAACCGAAGGAAGACGAGGAGCCGAUGGAGCAGGAGCAGGAGGACAUUGCACCAUCUGAUUCGGAAAGUCCUGGUGAAGCAAGGGCCCCUGCAAAGCCAGAAUGUUCUGAGCCCCCGGACCCUCCAGUUACAAGUUCCGAAUGUUCCCGAGACAAAGGCUUGCACCCUGAGGAUGAGGCAGUGGGUGCUGUUUUCCAAAGCCAUGAGGUGCCCGCUGAGAGCGCACGCGAAGGUGAUCAGCUGGUUACUACAGUGCGGCAGAAACCGGUGGAGAUGUUCCCUCCGCCGUUGGAGAAAAUCCACGGAGCGCCUUCAGGAGACCGGGAUAGUUCUCCGAUCGAUGCAGAGCUGCCGCCUUCGCCAGCUGCAGGCGAGGCCGAGCCUGGGAAGGAUCUCCAGGCGGAGCUGGUCAUCAAGAUGCAAGCUGGAGAUCCGGGCAGUUUGAAGGAGCCAAAGAACGUGAGCAUCCGGAGCCCGGGGCACGAGGCGAGAAUCCCGGGGGGACAGAACCACCAACUGGAGGCUGAGGAAUUCCCAAAACCCUGCAGCGUUGGCCUGACGAUGGGAUCUCCGAAGCCGGAGGUGGAAGCUGAUGAGCAGGCUCGGAGUGUGGGUGUUACAGAUGUUCAGCAAUUGGAACAGUCCGCAAAGAGCCUGCUGGACAGUUCUGGCGAAAUUCCAUUCCACUUCACGCUUCCAAAGGAGGGCGAUGUUAUCCAGCCGAUAGUCAGCGGUACCCCGCCUCUCGUUGGCUCGUUGAAGCAAGGCCCCCGACACAGCACUCCCAUUGAGCUUGAAGGCCGCGCCAUAGCAACGACUGAUGUCACUCCUGACAACGCCAUGGCAACCAGUGAUGUAGCAGCCGAGGGGAGUGUGCGGGGGACCUCGAAUUCCGAAUCCCCCUCAGUGGGAACAGCCAAUGGCAAGCUGUGCCUGAGGAUGCAGCUGGAAACCCCAGUCCAGGAAGAUGGGAACCACUCGGCUGUCUUCAGCCUCGAGAAGCCUCCUCUGGCAGGAGCAUCAACAUCUGCUGCUGAAGCUGUUACCAGCGUGGUUAAGAGCCAGUCCGUGUUCAGUCGGGUCUGUGAGGUGAGGAGGGAAACAGAGGCACGGGAGCAGGAGGAGGUCACCGGCCUAUUUAGAAGAGAGCCUCGCAGUCUCCCCAGUGAUGAGGAAGAGGCGGGGGAAGCUCGUGAAGACCUCAGGGCUUGGCAGCACCAACAGUGGGCAAAACAGAGAGCUCAUCGGCACUUCCAGGUGACUGAGACCCUGCCAGGAGGUGCCCAGGAGGAGGAAGAGGUUGGCGAAACUCCUGAGGAGUCCAUGCCCGAAUCAAGUGCCAGCAAACCGACCGCCGGGAGCACUGGGGAGAGCGAGGAAGAGGCCAUGGAGCUAGACGUGGUGAGCUGUGGCCAAGGGGUGGCCGGGGGCUGGAGGGAGACCCCCUCAGGUGGGACAGCGGAGGUCCGAGAGACACCCCCGGGCAAUCUGGGGAGUGGGCAGGCCGCGCCGGGCGAGGGGCGAGAUGAGGCGGAGGGCACCGUCUGGCUCACCCAUGCCGCCACUCAGACAGGUGGCAGUGAGCCCACCCCAGGAGAGAGCUGCAAGCAGCCGUGCCGAGAUGCUGUGGUGCAGACGGAGGGCUCGGCGGAGAAACCGCAGAUGAGAUCGAAGAGCACGUCCUUCCACACCAACCCAGGAGCAGAGGAUCACGACACGGACUCCUUCCACAGUCAGGAGGAUGAGGACUUUGAGCUGCCAGCACCUCCUGUUGGUCGGCUCCUGCGAAGACAUGUCCGAACGAUCCGGGAGGUGCGCACGAUGCUGACCCGGAUCAUCACUGACGUGUACUACAUCGACGGGAAAGAGGUGGAACGCAAAGUAACUGAGGAGAGUGAGGAUCCAGUGGUGGAAUGUCGGGAAUAUGAGAACGAGGUGUCUCCCUCUCGGGCCACUGGCUCCAUGACCUCGGGUGACCUCGGUGACAUCAGCUCCUUCUCCUCCAAGGCAUCGAGUUUACUGCGAGCUUCGAGUGGCACCAGUAGCAGCAGCAGCGUGGGAGGGGGCACUGCCCCUCUGGAACGGGGCAGGGGUACCGCUACCACCCGAGGAAGGAACGGGGGACCAGACCCUCGAGAGUUUGUGGUGCCCAGCGGCAGAGGAAUCCACUCGAAACUGAGCCCAAGGAAGGUUGGAGCCCAGUACUGGUCACCAUCCAAACAGCCACUGUCUGGGCUGGCAGAGACCGAGGAGAUCGCGAUGAGCAACAAACAGACACCGAGAAGCCUCCCAGCUCGGGGCAGGGGCAAACGAGGGCGACCACCCAUCAGAUCUCUGGUUGGGAGGGAGAUGAUGCAGACUUCGCCCAGGGCUCGGGGGGAGAAUCCAUCGAGUGCCACGUCCCCUGAGGAGGAGCCCUACACUCGGAUUGCUGCUCGUGCCCCUGAGAAGGUGGGAGGGGUGCCGUACCCGCGCUCGGCCUCACCGGAGAUCCCACAAGCCCAGGGUCCGCGGGGUCCUGGCUCCGAGCUCCCGGCCUCUCAGAGCAGCAGCUUCGUGGGACUGCGAGUGGUCGCCAAGUGGUCGUCCAAUGGGUAUUUCUACUCUGGAGCGAUUACCCGUGACUCUGGGGAUGGCAAAUACAAGGUGCUGUUUGACGAUGGCUACGAGUGUGAAGUGCCUGGCAAAGACAUCCUGCUGUGUGACCCCAUUCCCGUGGAGACCGAGGUGACUGCCCUGUCUGAUGACGAGUACUUCAGCGCAGGGAUCGUGAAAGCUCACAGGAAGGAGGCCGAAGAGUUUUACUACUGUAUUGAGAAGGAUGGCCUGCAGAAGUGGUACAAGAGGAUGGCAGUCAUCCUGUCGCUGGAGCAGGGCAACCGGCUCAGGGAACAGUUUGGGCUCGACCCCUGCGAGGUCACCACCCCUCUCACCAUGGCAGCUGACAUCAGCUUGGAUAACCUGGUGGAGGGGAAGCGUAAACGCCGCAGCAACGCUGGGUCCAGUACUCCGACCCGGAAACAGGGGGAGAGCCCCCGGGGUCCGGCCUUCUCCGGGAAGCGGAAGCUGAUGGGCUCGGAUGAGGAGCGCUCUCCAGCGAAACGUGGUCGGAGACCGGGGACUGCAAAAUCCGCGAUCCUGAAGCCGACUGGGUUUCUCAGCCCCUCCGAGGGGGAGGUCUCCAGCGAAUCCAGCUCCAUGUUGGAAACCCAGCACGGCCCCAUCCCAAAAAGGCCCACCCUGUUUGUGGGCUACGCCUUCAUCCUGACAGCAGCGAGUGAGUCAGACCGCAGGACCAACAAGCAAGCUCAACCCGAUGGAGCCAUCAGCAGCGAGGAGGAGGAGGGUGAGAUCAUCUGUCCUGGUUCCCACACAGCCACUGUGGCUGCCAUGACAUCUCCACCACGAUGCGUUAUGGGUAAACUCUACCUAAGAAUUCCACACUUCUUGUUUUCGAUCACCUCAGAACGAAGAGCCAAUGAGCAAGGUUCCCAUAGCAACUGUGAACUUAUUUACUCAGCACAUUAUUCCAAACAUAGCCUGCAGAGCAACUGGACUGUCGCAGAUAGCGAAUGA